AUGGCUCCGGGACCCCAUGGGAACGUCCUCCGUGGCCUGGGGGUCCCUGGCAACCCCCGACCCCUGGCGCCCAAUGCCGCCAAACCGAGCAGCGGGCUGCCAGGGGUGCCCCCGGGGCGGCGGCCUGGGGCCGGGGCGCUGCUGGCGCUGGCUACCGUGGCGGGCAACCUGCUGGCCAUCGUGGCCAUCGCGCGGACGCCGCGGCUGCAGACCAUCACCAACGUGUUCGUGACUUCGCUCGCCGUGGCCGACCUGGUGGUGGGGCUCUUGGUGGUGCCGCCCGGGGCCACCCUGGCGCUGACCGGCCACUGGCCCCUGGGCGCCACGGGCUGCGAGCUGUGGACGUCGGUGGACGUGCUGUGCGUGACGGCCAGCAUCGAGACGCUGUGCGCGCUGGCCGUGGACCGCUACCUGGCCGUCACCAACCCGCUGCGCUACGGCGCGCUGGUCACCAAGAGGCGCGCGCGCGCGGCCGUGGCGCUGGUGUGGCUGGUGUCGGCCGCUGUGUCCUUCGCGCCCAUCAUGAGCCAGUGGUGGCGCGUGGGCGCCGACGCCGAGGCGCAGCGCUGCCACUCGAACCCGCGCUGCUGCGUCGCCUCCAACGUGCCCUACGCGCUGCUGUCCUCCUCCGUGUCCUUCUACUUGCCGCUGCUGGUGAUGCUCUUCGUCUACGCGCGCGUCUUCGUCGUGGCCACGCGCCAGCGGCGCCUGCAGCGCCUGGAACUGGGCCGCUUCCCGCCCGGGGAGUCCCCGAGGGCCGCGGCGCCUUGCUCCCGCUUCCCCGCCCGGACCCCGCCGCGCGCCCCCCGAGUCCGAGGGCCCUCGGACGUGCGGAGACACGCGCGCCUGCUGCCGCUCCGGGAGCACCGCGCGCUGCGCACGUUGGGGCUCAUCGUGGGCACCUUCACGCUCUGCUGGCUGCCCUUUCUUCGUUGGCCAACGUGGUGCCGCGCCCUCGGGGGCCCUCGCUGGUGCCCCCGGUUCUGUCCUCCCUCGCCCUCAACCUGGCUGGGCUAUGCCAACUCGGCCUUCAACCCCGUCAUCUACUGCCGCAGCCCCCGAUUCCGCAGCGCUUUCCGCCGCCUGCUGUGCCGCUGCGGGUCCCGGGAUCCUCUCGCCGUCUCGGCCCGCCGCCGCCGUCCAGCCUGGGGUUCCCUCCCGCGCGGCCCAGUCGGGCCAGACCUCGGUUCGCUGAUGGCCUCCCUCAUACCAGACACACGAUACCUCUGA